AUGCAGUACUCCAGCGUGCAAGUUGCCACAGCGCAGUCACCUGCUGCUCAUCUCCCAGCCUCAUCUGCACCCGCAGUGCAGACUACCGUUCAACCAACCGAAAGAACAUACUCAUCUGGCUUCUUCUACCAAAAAGGCAAAUACUGGUCGACUAACCAAGUGAACGCCCUCAACCGCAACGUAACAAGGGAUGUCACUCCCAGUGAGCUACUCGGUAGAUACUUUCCUACCGAAGAAAAGGAUCUCCAGCUCUUCAACAAACUCCAGAAACAUUUCAUCAUCCCAGGUAACGAAGAUGUUACCAACUACGACCCCACGAAUCCCAUGUGGGCAGAUAAUAGUCUCGGACGGAUCUUCCAGUCCUUCUCAAUCAUCAUGAAGUGGCGCAAGCAAGACGCAUUAGUGCCCCCCACCAUCAUCACAGUCAUGACAACGUUGGGAUACCGCAUGAGUGCAUUCCAACACUUCAAAAUCACCGAACAAUAUAUCGCUUACAACCUCCCCAAAUUAAACAUGAAGGGAGUCCUCCGCUGCGAUGGCGGAAUGUACAACCUGAACGAUAGACUGGGCAAAUUCCCGUUGGUCGUGCUUUCAGAUGCCUCAAAUAUCAGUAAAACACAAGCUACUAAUAACGAAAUAUCCAAUAUCCUCCUUCCCAUGGCGGCACAGUACGACUACGGCCGGAAGCGCGACAAAUACGUGUCUUUCUGCAUCAUGGCCUGGGAUACCAAAUAUCGGAUUACUCGGGCCGAGGCGUCACAUACCUACUUUGAGAGUCUGCGGCAGGGAAGGCGCACGACAGAAGAGUUGGUCAUUAAGAGAACGAGGAUAUAUGACUUGCUUGGGAAUGAAGAUCGGAGCCCGACGGAGGAACUUUAUCGGACGGAUUAUUGGUUAAGAGGUCGGAACCCGGAUCGAGAGGAGUUCUUGAAGGUAUUUUGGGGAAUGUGUUUGUUUUUGAGCGAUUAUACGAGGGUUGUAUGA